CUCCCCGCGUCGGAUCACAACAACCGGGCUGCAGCCGCAGGGAGAGCCGGAGCGCGGGAUGAACGAAACCACUUCCCCGGGCGACCAGUCCGCGUCGCGGGCGCCAUGAAAUCCGCCGCGGCGGCUCGGAACUCGCCGCGACUGCCCGCAACUUUCCCACGACUUGGUCUCCAGCUGAGAUGAGAUGAGAUGAGACGCCGAGACUGAAGCUUCUCUCACUGAGGAAACGAGAGGUGGUCACCAUGUCCCUUUGGAUGAUCCUCCCUGUCAGCCUGCCCGUCUUCACCAUCACUGGAAUAUGGGUUGUAUAUGCGAUGGCCCUGUACAACCAGCACGUCUGCCCUGUGCACAACUGGCUUUAUAACGAGUCAUGCGAGGAGCAGCUUCCGUUACAGAGGGGUCCUGUACUGUGCUGCACCCUGGACAACAUACCACUCAUCAGUAAAUGUGGAACUCUGCCACCUGAAAGUUGCUUCUUCAGCCUCAUAUGCAGCACUGGAUCCUUUAUGGUGAUGCUUAUUGGCCUGCUGCGUUACGCCCACGUGAUAGAGAAACACCAGAACUGCGUCCUCAACAUGGCCGCCCUCUCCACCGGAUGGAUCUGUGCUGCUGGGCUCAUCAUGGUGGGAAACUUCCAGGUGGAUUUCGCCAAAGUCCUCCACUACGUCGGAGCUGGCGUAGCCUUCCCGUGCAGCAUGCUGUUCGUGUGUCUGCAGUCGGCUCUGACCUACAGACUGGCCAAGACCCAGGAGGAGUACCGGAUGGGGCACUUGCGCGUGGGGAUGGCCCUGCUGGCGCUGAUCGCCCUGGUGCUCAGUGGAGUUUUCUUCUGCCAGGAGAGCUUCGCCCUGCAGCACGCCUCCGCCAUCUUUGAGUGGAUCUACUGCAUGCUCAUCAUGCUCUUCUACGGGACUUUUGCCUUUGAGUUUGGGGGCAUGUCGGGGGACACCCUGAUGGUCCUGUCCAGAGGAGGGGGAGUACAAGGCUUCUCCACCUCCGAACACAAGACGGAGGUGGGCGCAGGGUCCAACCACCACCAGCCAGAGAGUUUAUCGAUCCUGUAACUGAGCCGCUGCUGGAUUCCGUGCCCCUGGAGGUCAAAAGGCAAAAUACGAACCGAUCAGGAAGAAGAGUCCGGAGACUGGAAGCUGCAUCCUGCAUUUCACCACGCUCACUAUUGCACAUAGCCACGGCGCCAAAGCUGAUCUCCUCAGCAGUGACCAAAGACUGACAGACUUUUCCUGCUUUGUAAAAUUGCAGGCUACACUGUAAAACAUUGCACAAUAUUGUAAGUGCCUUUCUGAACACAAGGGCCAGUAAAGAGGUAUACUGUACACGAACACACACACACGCUCACACACAGUCCUAGAUGUUUGUUUUAAUUCUCUCAACGUAACAAUCGGUCUUCGAAUUCUUGGCAGAAGUCGCCUUUCAUCAGAUGGAACGUCCUCAAAGUGCCUCAGCGUCGCUCCUCGCCGGGCAGAGCGCGGCGGCGUCAGCGCUGGUCUUUGUUUCGAUGUUUAGACGUUCGGACAUCGAGCUCCGUAUUGUUCCUACUCAGGAAGUUUUGUUACAUCACCUGCUUUCGCUCUUUACCUCAAACGUGAGGUGAAGUUUUCCAAAAACUUUUCGACAAUAGAUGGACGGUUAACGUGUGCCAAGAAUAAUAUGUUUCGUUUUAAGUGGUCUAAUUGUUGUUAAAAGCAUUGGUGUUAUUGCCCACAAUAAUGGCAGGAACAUCUGUCCUCAUGUAGAAAAAUGUUUCAUGUUUUUCUAAGUUUGUCUUGUAAUUCGAGUCGUGAUACCCACAGAAGCGUUUUGUGCAACUCUUCAGGGCGACAUCACCCGAGUAGCUGUCCCGCGUUGCCCCCGUGAGCUCUGCUCUGUAUUUUGUUGUAUGUCCUUUCAGCUUCAACCGUGUCUUCUUACAGCUUUUAAUGGGACCAAACUAUAGCGGGGGGAAAGUGACAUGCCGUGUUUGAUUAUAUACAGAAAAUGAAUCUCCACAGUUAUAUUCAGCAAGCAAAGAAUUAAAGCAAAUAGGAAAGAAAAGAGGAUGGACUUAGUUUGUGGUUUUCAUUCAUGCUGUACACGCAGCCAUGAGAGAAACCGAA